AAAAAUCGGUUGGAAGAAAAUCCUACGAAAGACCGACUCAAACGCCUAACAGAAAGUCCGAGGGCGGUGCCAUUAUUCGGUUUCCUUCCAUUGAUUCGAUUCUUCAGAUACGCUCAAUCUCACAAGUAGUGAAAGGAAAAUGGUAGUCGAAGAGACGAUCAAUGCUACAUCGACGGAAGAUCUUUCUAAUUCCAUUGCAAAUCAAAACCCUAGAGGACGAGGCGGUGAGGAAGAUGAGGAACUUGAGGAAGGAGAGAUCGUCGGCGACGACGACCUGGACUCGUCCAAUUUGUCGGCGGCGAUAGUGCAUCAGCCUCACCCUCUUGAGCAGUCUUGGACCUUUUGGUUCGAUAACCCAUCCGCCAAGUCCAAGCAAGCCACCUGGGGUGCGUCUAUCCGACCGAUCUAUACCUUCUCUACUGUUGAGGAGUUCUGGAGUGUUUACAACAAUAUUCAUCAUCCAAGCAAAUUGGCGUUGAGAGCAGAUUUGUACUGCUUCAAACAUAAAAUUGAGCCUAAAUGGGAAGAUCCUGUUUGUGCGAAUGGAGGGAAAUGGACUGUAAACUUUUCAAGGGGAAAAUCUGAUAAUGGCUGGCUGUACACGCUUCUUGCUAUGAUCGGAGAACAGUUUGAUUGUGGUGAUGAAAUUUGUGGAGCAGUUGUCAAUGUUAGAUCUGGGCAGGAUAAAAUAUCGAUUUGGACGAAGAAUGCUUCCAAUGAAGCUGCGCAGGCGAGCAUUGGAAAACAGUGGAAGGAGUUUCUUGAUUACAAUGACAGCAUUGGCUUUAUAUUCCACGAAGAUGCAAAGAAAUUUGACAGACAUGCAAAGAAUAAAUAUUCGGUGUGAUGUUGUACGGUUUCUAGCGCAUCUCAGCAUGUUAGGUUGAGCUGUGUCUACUACUCCCCUCCCCCAAAAAAACAAACACAACACCCAGAGAAAAAAAAAAGGAGUUUUAUUCGGUAAACAAUGUUUCUGUGCGAUUAGGAAUUUUGUGGAAAUCGCCAUUGCUCAUAACAAGCACCUGAGUCCCAAAUUCUUGUUCUGUGCACUUGACAGUUUUAGCAAUGAGAUGAAAUGGAUGCUCUUCUAUAAUCAAAUGAUAUUAGCUUCAUCUGAGUUGAUGUUCC